UAAACCGUGCCACUCCCACCGAGCUUCAUUGGGCAAUGCAGCAUAAUAUAUAAAUAACCGCAAUUUCAGUUAAUUAUUCUUCGUAGCUGUGUAGGAGAAGCUUUCUGACUUUGUCCAAUACUAACGUGUCUUGGAAAAGACAAAAAAAAAUGGCUCUUUCGAGAUUUCAUAGGGUGCCAAUGAAUGACGGGAAUACCAUCCCGAUUCUAGGACUCGGUACUUAUGGACCCAAAACUGUUCCCAAAAGUGAAAGUGAGAUGGCCACAAAAGUGGCUAUUGAAGUGGGAUUCCGCCAUAUUGAUGGAGCUUUACUCUAUGAAAAUGAAAAAGAAAUUGGACAGGCCAUCCGAGCAAAGAUUGCAGAUGGAACAGUGAAAAGAGAGGACAUAUUUUACACAGGGAAGCUUUGGAGCACAUACCACCGCCCUGAGUUGGUCAGAUCUGGCCUGGAAAAGACCCUGAAGGACCUCCAGCUUGAUUAUAUUGAUCUCUACAUUAUCCAUUGGCCUGUGUCUAUAAAACCUUCCAAAGAAAAUAUCCCAAUGGAUGAAAAUAAGAAAAUUCGCAUUGAGUCUGUGGAUUUGUGUGAAACUUGGGAGGUCAUGGAGAAAUGUAAAGAUGCCGGCCUUGUGAAAUCCAUUGGAGUAUCCAACUUCAACCGUAGGCUAUUGGAAAUGAUCUUGAAUAAACCUGGGCUUAAAUAUAAACCUGUCUGCAACCAGGUGGAAUGCCAUCCUUACCUGAACCAGAGCAAAUUGUUGGAGUUCUGCAAGGCAAACAAUAUCAUAUUGGUAGCAUAUAGUGCCUUGGGAUCUCACAGAGAGCCUCACUGGGUAGAUCAAAAUUCCCCCGUUCUUCUAGAGGACCCAGUCCUGAGAGGUAUCGCCAAGAAGCACAAUCGGACCACUGCUCAGGUGGUUCUGAGAUACCAGAUACAGCGAGGAGUGGUAGUCUUGGCAAAGAGCUUCAAUGAAAAGCGCAUCAGAGAGAACUUUCAGGUGUUUGAUUUCCAGUUGACUCCAGAAGACAUGGAAACCAUCAAUGGCCUUAACAGAAAUGUUCGUUACGUGAUCCUUGAUAUGUUCAAGGAAUCUGCCAACUAUCCAUUUAAUGAUGAAUAUUAGGCAAGUUGUAACUCAGAAGAUUUAUGACCCAGAGGCAUUAGUUGUCUCAAGGCAAUAGCUUCCAUUCUGCUGAUUUUCACGGAAAUUCAAUUCAUUAUUUUGAAUAGGCCAUGCUUCUACACCAAGAUCUCAUUUAAAGGUAGUUGUUCUUUUAGAAGUUCUGCCUUCCUUCUCUGCAAUAAAAUAGACAUAAUGGCAUAGACUCAUUUAUGCAGCAUUUCAGAGGUUCUCAGGCAUUUUUCAAGGACUAGGGCAAGUAUUAUCCAUUUUUUUAGGUUGUAUCUGAGCUAGUACUUAGCUCACAGCUUUCCUCUUUCCUCACAUAUUGCCAUUAUACUAAGUGCUUCAGCCUAUAUGUUGAUAUCCCUCUAGCAUCCUCACCAUCCAAUUCUUCAAACUCUCCAGCUCUCAUGAGCCACUCCAUUUUGCCAUCUGAAUAGUGGUGCAGACAAGCUGUCCUAGGAAUGAUGCUACCCUUCAGUUCUCUACAAACAAUUUCACCUCAGGCACUUUCAUACCCAUCGCAAAUACAGUAAUAUCCUUAACUUUUCUGAAAUGUGAUUUGCCAUGACUAUGGCCUACAGAAGAAAGCUAAUUAUAUACAUAGCCUUUUCUAGUUUAAACCUAUCCUAGAGCAGAAAUAUAUGAUUAGAAAUUUAAAAAAUAAGCACAUUCAGUGAUUACACACAAAGAAUCAAUAAGUGAUAGUUCACUCAAAACCUGGAAGAAGACUAGCCAGUGUAAGCCUCGAGGCUGACCUAUCCUGAUCUAAAGCAUUGUAUAUUAACACCUAGACAAAACUAAAAUGUUUAAAUCUGGCAUCUCUCCAUACUAAGUUGGCUCAAAGAUAUAACUUCAAUGCAUACUCUUUUCCAUUUUCAUAAUUUUAAUAAUCAAUAGCCAAACAUUUUUCCAUUUUGAUGAUUUUAAUAAUAGCCAAACAUUCUUAUCAAAUAAAAAUAAUACUUUAUAAAAUAAACUUGUAAGUCUAACAAUAACAUAAAUAGUAUUGUGGUUUUAAAAAACAAUGCAAAAUUUAUCGCCGGUCAAAUCAUAUCAGUUUGGUUUCAUGCAUUUCUGAAUCAUUUUACACAGGAAAAUCAUUUCAUUCACCUAUCAUUUCUACACUAACCAAAUACAAAAGACCAGUAUAAAGUAAUUACACUUCUAAUUCUUAUUCAUGAAGUUUCCAAGUAUAUCACCUUAAAGCCAAAUAUCAGAUGUAUUUACCUAUAGAGGGUAAAACAUUAUAAUUAUUUCAACUUUAAAUGGACCACAUUAUAGUUUAGUUUUAAGACAAACUCAGCCAAGUCAAAUUUUGAUUAACAAUCACAAAUGGUCUCAUUCAAAAUCUCAAUUUCCUAAAAACCAUCAGAAGCUUCCAACUGCUUUAAAGAUUAACAAUGAAGAGGGGAGGGAGACAACAAGAAUCAUGUAACCAUGGGGAAAAUUUUUUAAUUUAAAAAUCUAAAUAAAUAAAGAUUAACAGUGGUA